GACCAAAUCCCCCGUGCUAAAAGAUUUCACAAGUAUAUGAGGUAUAUGAAGUCUAGAAAGACGCGAAUAUCGUACGUUUUGUCAUUCCACUCUUCAUCCAUCAUGUUAGAUCUGAAACCCGAAGUCGAUACCGUGGAGUAUAGCGAGAGAGAGACGAUUGAACGGAACCACACAAGUCAUCAUGACGCUAUUGUGGUGCAAGGAAAUGAAGAUGAGCCGGGGAAUGUCUAUCAGCUUAGUUGGAAGACUAUCGUAGCUUUCAUCUCUCUUUCUAUGGCAAAUUCUUGUACUGCCAUAACCAAUACCGUAGGUACCUUCCACGGUCUUAUCUGAUCAACGACUAAUAAUAAUUUCAUGCAGGCCAACACCGUCAUAAAAUUUCAGGUCGCCUCUGUUGCCAAAAGCCCGGCAGAUGCAGCUCUCGCAUCAUGGAUCGCCAACGGAAGUUUCCUCGUCGUUGUCGCUCUUGGUCCGAUUUUUGGUAGUCUGAGUGACAGAGUAGGAAAGAAAUGGUUUAUGGUUUGCGGAGCUAUUCUUGGUUUGAUUGGAGGCGUGAUUGCAGGAAAGGCAGAACACAUUCUUCAAAUCAUCGGAGGCAACAUCUUAAUUGGAACUGCCAAUGCUGGAUGUGUGAGUUAAAUUGCACUUUUCCUGACAUACCUCUGGACUAAUGAAUACCUAGAUUGUGUCAGUCUCAGCAAUCCAGGAGAUCAUCCCUAACAGACUUCGUCCUUGGGCUAUGGGAGUCUCGCAAGGCAUGGGUAGCGCCUUCGCUGUUCUUGGUACCUUCCUCGCUGCCGCUUUUGUCAAAAUGAAUGCCGGAGGAGCUGGUGGAUGGAGAUGGGCGUAUUAUUUCAACAGCAUCAUCUAUGGAAUCACAGCCGUCAUGAUCGCCUUCUCAUAUUUUCCACCUCGUCCUAGACUUGGUCGACACAAGAUGCUCAAUUCUAUCACAAAAGAAAUUGAUUAUGUUGGAAUUCUCCUAAUGUCAGGGUCAUUCGCUUCCAUUGUUCUCGGUGUUACCUGGGGCGGGACUACUUAUCCAUGGAGCUCAGGACAGUGCAUCGGAACGCUUACUGCCGGUUGUAUUGGCCUCGUGAUUUUUGGACUUUACGAGGCUUUCGUCGUCACCGAAGGAAUCUUUGAUCAUCGCCUUUUCGAAACCAUGAACUUUCCAAUCUUGCUUUUUGUUUGUACAAUAGAUGGCAUGCUUCUUCUGGGAGUCAAUGUCUUGUACUCCCAGGAAAUCUUCGAUCUCUUCACAGCUGAUGCUGUUCGUAUUGCUGUAAUCCUCUCUCCAUUUUUGAUCACAUCAGCAUUUGGGUGUAUUCCAGCUGGAUGGAUAAUGACUUCAACGAAAUCGUUCCGUUGGAUGCUUGUCGGGUCCUUGUUUUGGUGCGCUUUAUUCACAGGUCUUAUGGCCUUGGUGACUUCAACCAGACUCCCUAUGGCACUUGCUUUCUCCACUCUCUUCGGCCUUGGAACUGCCGUGACUACCACCAUUCCAGCUGUGGCCUUGGGGUUGUCAGUUCCAGCAUUCUUGAUAGGAACAGCAGCCACUGUCAGUAUCAGUUGUCGUGCAUUAGGAGGCAUUAUCGGCAUCACCAUUUUCACUGCUAUAUACAACAACAAAUAUGCAGAGCUGGUAGGACCAGAAAUUGCUGCCAAUACUAGUGCCCCAGUUCUCGUUGAUGAGAGUACGGAGGCGUGGAAGUAUGUCUGGAUCGCAGUGGCUUCUCUUGUUGCAGCAAACGGUGUAGCUGCAUGCUUCUUGAAAAGCGUUGCACCGAUGAUGAACCACCACGUAGAAUCUGCGCUGGAACCAUCGAAGCUUCGUGAAGCUCAGCUCUCUUAAUCCCUCGUUUCUUGUCUGCUCUUAUAUACUCUAGCCUUAUGCAUAUACUACGCCGUUUCCUUGAUGUUUGAUGACAAUGAAUGAGACAAAUGAUUUGUACCGUGUAUAUUAUUCCA